CAACGUCGUGGGCGGGCUUUUUCGGCAUUGAUGAUACCAACCGGCUGACGGAGCGGUAAAGGACCGAGUGAACUUGUGCAAAGCUGCUAUGGCGCCGACGGGUGAAGUGGAUAUUGCUGACGGGCUUCGUGUGUCCCCGGAUAAUCGACUGAAGUGGGAUCUUAGCCCUGAGCAGAUCCAGCAGUUGUCAGAACAGCUGAUGGAGAAGACCAAGCAUGUUUAUGAUGAAGUGGGCACUUUAGACUUGGAAGCUGUUACAUAUGAAAACACUCUGAAGGCCCUUGCUGAUGUGGAAGUAGAAUACACAGUUCAGAGAAAUAUGCUGGACUUUCCUCAGCAUGUAUCGUCUUGCAAAGAUGUCCGCAGUGCAAGCACAGAGGCAGACAAGAAACUGUCUGAGUUUGAUGUAGAGAUGAGCAUGAGAGAGGAUGUCUACGAAAGAAUUGUGGCCUUGCAGUCACAGUUGGAGGGAGAUGUUUUGCUGCCAGAAGCAAAGAGGUACUUGGAACGGUUAAUAAAACUAGGCAAGAGGAAUGGACUGCAUCUCCCAAAAGAUAAACAGGAGGAAAUCAAAGUCAUCAAGAAGAAAUUAAGCAACCUGUGCAUAGAUUUUAACAAGCAUCUAAAUGAAGACAUUACCUAUCUAGCUUUCACCCGGGAUGAGUUAGCGGGUCUUCCAGAGGACUUUUUGAGCUCUCUAGAGAUUGAAGAUGAUGGCAAAUUGAAAGUGACUCUCAAGUAUCCACACUACUUUCCUGCUAUGAAGAAGUGUAGUGUUCCAGAGACACGCAGACGACUGGAAUUGGCUUUCAACUCCAAGUGCAAAGAGGAGAACUCCCACAUCCUGAAGGAACUAGUGGAGCUACGUGCCAAAAAGUGUGCACUUUUAGGCUUUAGUACCCAUGCAGACUUUGUCUUGGAGAUGAACAUGGCCAAAACCAGCAAAAAUGUGGCCCUGUUUUUAGAGGAGCUGGCCCAAAAACUGAAGCCACUUGGUGAGGAGGAGCGUGCAAACAUGUUACAGCUGAAACGCAAGGAGUGUAGCCAGUGUGGCGAAGAAUUUGAUGGGCAAUUGCAUGCUUGGGACACACGUUAUUACAUGACACAGGUAGAGGAGACACAGUAUGCUGUUGACCAGAAUCUACUCAAAGAAUAUUUUCCUAUGGAAGUUGUGACCCAGGGACUUUUAGAGAUUUACCAGGAGCUAUUGGGGCUUACCUUUCACUUAGAAGAGGGUGCAAAAGUGUGGCAUGAGGAUGUCAAGCUCUACUGUGUGCAGGAUCAGGCCACUGGAACAGUCAUUGGCAAAUUUUACUUGGAUCUCUUCCCUAGAGAGGGAAAAUAUGGUCAUGCUGCCUGCUUUGGCCUACAGCCUGGCUGCCUACUCCCAGAUGGAUCUCGACAGAUUGCUAUUGCUGCCAUGGUAGCCAACUUCUCAAAGCCAACAGCAGAGGCACCAUCUCUUCUACAGCAUGAUGAAGUUGAAACUUACUUCCAUGAGUUUGGUCAUGUCAUGCACCAGCUCUGUGCACAGGCGGACUUUGCAAUGUUCAGUGGAACACAUGUAGAGCGUGACUUUGUAGAGGCACCAUCACAGAUGUUAGAGAACUGGGUCUGGGAGAAGGAGCCCCUUCUGAGAAUGUCUAAGCAUUAUAAAACUGGGGAGCAAAUUCCUGAAGAUCUGCUUGAAAAACUUAUCAAAUCACGUCUGGCAAAUACGGGUCUCUUCAAUCUACGUCAGAUUGUUUUAGCAAAGGUUGACCAAGUGUUGCACACCAGGACUGGUGUAGACCCAGCUGAGGAAUAUGCUCGCCUCUGUAAUGAAGUGCUAGGAGUGCCAGCUUCACCAGGAACAAACAUGCCAGCCACUUUUGGUCAUUUAGCAGGCGGUUAUGAUGCGCAGUAUUAUGGCUACCUAUGGAGUGAGGUCUUCUCUAUGGAUAUGUUCUACGCUCGGUUUAAGCAAGAGGGGAUCAUGAACACCAAGGUGGGCAUGGAUUAUAGGAAGUGCAUUCUAAAGCCUGGAGGAUCUCUUGAUGCUGCUGAUAUGCUAAGGAACUUUCUGGGCCGUGAACCAAAACAAGAGGCUUUCCUUCUGAGUAAAGGGCUAACUGUAGAGCUGGAACCUGGAACACCAUGUGCUUGCUGAUACCUUCUCCACAAGUCACAUCAGAGUCAAAACAUGACAAUUAUUACACCAGAGACUGAAGUGAUUGUAGUGUUGAAUAGACAUGAAUGCUGUUCUUGACUAAUUCUUUCAAGGCCUAAUAUGGCUUGACUUGCCUUUUAGAUGCAACAGAGUCCUUUUAAGAAAGCAAAUGUUUAUUCUUGUGUUGUAAAGAUUUUCAAGGAUCCUCCUGCUUUUGUGAGGUCUGAGUAAAACAUAAGCCAGGAA